CUAGUGCGGAACGAAAGGGGUCACGUAAACAGGCGAAACGUCCAGAUUAUAUGAUUGUUGCAAAAAUAAAUAACAAAAAAGUUGAGGCAGGAUAUCUAGAAACGGGUCGACCAGGAUCUUCAAUUGAUAAACAAGUCCGGGACCAUAAAAAGUUGAACAGGCUAGCAAAGGACUCUAUCGAUGAAACUCGGAUGUCUAAAAACAAAAGAGCUUUUGAAAAAUUGCCAAUGAAAAGUAUGUUGUCCAUUUUCACGAUCAAUGUUGCCGGUAAGAGAACUGCGAUUGCAUGCACGAUACGUAAAGUAUUGCACUUUACUGAUGACUCUACAGAAAUGAUGCCAUUUAUGUCACAAUCAUCGGAUAUGUCACAAUCAUUGGAUAUGACAAUAUCUUCGCAAACUUCAACAGCGUCUACCGUUGCAUCACCACCAUCACAAAAUAGAUCGGCGAAAAAAAAGAAAUCAGUUAAAUUACCGAAAAAAUCAUCUUAA